CUCCGCCAUGGCGCUUCCUGACUGGAUGGUAACGCUGGUGGCCGCCGCAUCCUUCUUCUGUUUCUUAUGUUUAUGUGUUCGUUACAGACGGUACGGACAAGUGUUGUGGAGAAAAGUGUUCAGCAGGAUCAUGGCCCGCACGGAGAAGCCCUUGUUCCGAAUCGCGUACACACUCUACACCAGGACCAGACUGGGCUACAUGUACUACAAGAGGCAGAUGAGGAAAGCCCGGGAACAUUACCCAGCUGGACACUCCACCUCUUAUCCAAUGGAGUUCAAUGGUAUUAAAAUAAUUCCCAUCUCGGUGCUCUCAGACAACUACAGUUACCUUGUCAUUGACACGGCCUCCAGCGUAGCCGUCGUUGUGGACCCCGCAGACCCUCAGACGGUUCAGGCGGUCCUUGAGGAAGAGGGAGUCAUGUUGGAGGCAAUACUGUGUACACACAAGCACUGGGACCACAGUGGGGGAAACAAAGGGUUGAAAAGGCUUCACAGCUCGUGCCGAGUUUAUGGAAAUGCAGCUGAUAACAUUCCUGGCCUCACACACCCUCUUUCACACAAAGACACAGUAACAGUCGGCCGUAUGCACUUUAAAGCCCUCUUCACUCCUGGGCACACGGUGGGCCACAUGAUCUACCUCCUGGAUGGCCAAACGGUCGGCGCCCCUUCUAGCCUCUUCUCUGGUGACCUGGUGUUUCUCUCAGGAUGUGGGCGGAUGUUUGAAGGCAGCGCCACGACAAUGCUAUCGUCUCUGGACACAGUCGGAUCCUUAAGUGAUGAUACUUUAUUAUGGCCUGGUCAUGAGUAUGCAGAGGACAACCUGCUGUUUGCUGCUGAGGUUGAGCCACGCAACGCUGCCAGGGAAAACAAAUAUCAGUGGGUGCUGCAGCAGCGAGGCCAAAAGCUGUGCACGAGUCCCUCCACCAUCGGAGAGGAGAAGCAGUACAACCCGUUCCUGCGCAGCCACGCCGCCGAGCUGCACCUGGCUCUGGGCGUGCAGCAGUUCCAGGACGAAGACUGGACCCAGUUCAGAGCGAGGGUGCUGGAGGAGCUGCGGAAGCGCAAAGACCUCUACAACAGGAGAUAGUGAAACAGAGAAGUCCGACAGACAGCAGGGAACACAGGAGGGAGCUCAGCUUUACUGGACAGCGGUACGAAAGCAGCUGAUCUCUGAGGCCGGUCUGUUCCGUAAAAGGGCAUUAAGUCAGUUUUGACCUCUACUAACCUGAAUCAUCGACCACUAGGAACAUAAUCACAGCUUCAUUAUGACAUAAUACUAGUCCUCUUACCUCUCCAUGCUGUACAUUCUGGUAAUUAGUAGUUAAUGGACAGAGCAGCGCUCAUUUAUUGCCUUUUUAAACACUGUAGGUUUGCAUGAGUAGGGUUUGGUUAUUUUACAAGUAGGUACGACCAGAGUUCUGGUUUGUGAAACACUACGUGGAAUAAUUCAGCACUUUAGGUCCUGAGUUGUUUACUAGCUGGUACGACGAGUAAUACGCGGUCUCAAAAGGCCUUUUCAUGACAAUCUGCGGUACGCAUGCUGUAUCCGUCGCCCUCCUUGAAGACUUGAGACUUUGGGAUUUGAUUGUGAAUAUUUGAUUUGCUAUUUUCAACAGUAAAGGUGCCGUUAAUUUAAGAUAAAGCUUUGCUGUGGAUGCUCUGCGUUAGAGUAAGCACAAUGUCUGGAAACAAAAUCUGCACGUUAAAAUGCUGAAUCAGUGCUGAAUGAACUUGGUGUUUACUUCAGGAAGGUGACUAGCAUCAGCUCCAUGAGGCGGGCGUGACUGUUCUACUCGCCCUGUUUGGUUUUCUCUACAAUUUUUAUUUUAUAAUUCAUGAAAAGAAAACUAACGAGGUGGCCAAAGGGGAUAUUUUUUCUAGCUCUCUGGACCUCUUUCGUGCCACUCACACAAUCAUUUUUUGCUGAGCUGAUUUUUCCACAUUUAAAUCUAUAUUUUUAAAGAACAUGAAUGUGAACUGCAAAACGUUUGACUGAUAAUCGUGUCGUGAUCGAUGAAGCGUGACUGAAUUGCCAUUGAAGGGAAUAUUAGCUUAUGGAGUCCGUUAUAAUGAAGACGAUGAGCUCACAGGGUGGCGCUGAAUCAAACGAUCUCGACACAAACAUGACGAGGCGGUGAUCGGAUUCCUGCUUUCUGUAAAACACGCGCGUACGACCUGAUGUCGGCUGUGACUCUCACUUUAAAGGAAGAAAUGUUUUUACGACCAAUAUAGAAACUCUGGAAACCAAAAUGUUGUAUUUUUUAAUGUACUGAUGGAUUGAUUAUGCUGUGAUUACGUUUGAGUUGCAUUCUGGAUCAGGACAAAUACCCACAUGUUACCAAGCUUCUGUUUUAGUGAAUCUAUUGGCUGUUGUUGUUUUUUUCUUCUGUGUUGAAAAUAUGCUGGAAACAUUCGCAUGCAUCUCAUUUACGUGCAUGUACAGACUGUUAAAAUGAUUAGAUCGUAUUAGUUAAUUAAUGUUAGUUCUGUAGCAGCUGUUUGUGAGUGAGAAGCCACAUCACUCUGUGACCACCGGUUGUUUUUUCAUAACUCUACGAACAGAUCUGCGGCUGGGGAUCAAUACUUGGAGGUCAUGAAGCUCAUAGUUCGAAUCAGGACCUCUGCUGUGUUCCAGCUGUUAUCUCAAUGUGUCAACAACAACGUCUUCUGCUGCUCAGAUUAAUUUAGUUCAUUAAUGUUGAUAGCUGUCACCAAAAAACAGUCGACCUUUUGGCUUUUUGCCGAUCAGAGCUUAACUGAUGUAAUAAUAAUAAUGUAGCUGAAAAUGAAGCCGGUUAAACUUUGUGAACAGAUUUGGUAAAAUAUCAUUGAACCUGAACUGUGUCAAGAAAAACACGGUCCUCUCCUCACGCACAUUUCUUCUUGUGUCUUUUUGAUAAAGGAAGUGUAAUGCAGCCUCUUUUCAGGCGGCGAACGGACAGAAUGAAAAAGAAACGAGUGUUUAAAGUUCUGAGGAGGUAUGAAAGCGCUUCAGAUUUCUCUGUUGCUCCUGCAGAGGAGCCUUUGCCAGAGCACCUUGUCCCCUGGUGAUUGUUAACUAAAAUGUUAUUCUGUUUGUUUGAUGCCAGUUCGCACCUUAUUUGCAUAUGUUUGAGUUAUGAAUACCACCACAUGGGAGACUGUUUUACUUCAGGUUAUGUUUUAAUGAGGAAAUAUGAAAGUAAACUCCUCCAUUAGAGCUGUGUAUGUGUUAUUUGUUGUCUUUAUAAGCGCGCAGAACUGACAGCCGAGUUAUUUUUCCCCACUGCUGUAACUUCUCUCCACUCCAACGCGAGCAUAACCUACUUUAUGCAGAUGCGAAAGACACUCCGUAAAAGAAGGAGGGUGAGCUGAACUUUAAGUCGACCAAUCGCUGUAAUGAAGGAUUACAUCCAGCUGUGGGAUUACAGACCAGUGUUUGGUGACCGGGACAGAUUUGGUGUAUUUUUAAUUUAUUUUUUGUCCCAAAACAGGUACGAUCAGGUUUUUCCCGAUCAACAUUACAAUACGUGUGAGACGUCUAGAUCCACGCUCCAAUUCAUACAGAAGCAGGUUUAUGAUUUACUGAAGUAUUUUGUUUGUUUUGAUGGGUGGGCUUGACAUCAUUCACAGGCCUGUUGUGUGGGUUUCCUUGAGAUUGCAGUAAUGGUAGUGAUAUUGUCCAUCAGUGAGCCCUUCAUGAUGAUCUUUUCCUCCCAAAAAGCCUGAAAUAUCUGAAUUGUUUUCACCAUAAAUCUGCUGCACCUGUAAGCAUUUAUAUAUUGUAGAGACUUUCAAAUGCCUUUUCCUUUGUCUCCACAUUUAAAUAGUAAAAAAAAACUUUCAUUCCAUUUUGCUGAUAUUGUUCCAGUUCCCAGCAAAUGUCAUUUUAGGGAAUUGUCCAUGGUUUUUCAAUGCAAUAAAAUAAAAAGAAACUCAACAAA